CGCAAUAACCGACACAUUGCAAUGCUGCGAAUUUUGCGCGGAUGACUAUUGAUAUCGUACUUACAUGCAUUCAAGGGACAUUGUAUAUUAUGUCAAUACUACGUAACAGCAUGCACAUAUGUUUUACGAGAUAGCUAUACUUAGUUAGUCCCAUCGAUCCGCAGAGCCGGCUAGCAGUGUAGAUGAGUGGAAGGGGCCUGGCAGGCCCACAACGUUCAUUCGUUCUUUCAUUUCUGUUGCUCGGAAAAAGUGAUGGCGGCCUCAGAGGUGUUCGCUGGUUUGGGGUGGGGACCCGGUCUUAUCGGCAAGUAUCGUUGCUCUACGAAACCAUCUCUGAUCCCACAGAGUCGUUCACAGCAACGACAGUCGGGCUAGUUUUGUAUGGUGUGACCAUUUUCCAGUACCUAUUCUACUUCUCAGCGUUCCCGAAUGACAAGCGUCUCCUCAAAAUUGUGGUCCUCCUUGUCUUCACCCUCGACACCUUUGGAACUAUCACCUUGUUGAGCUAUUACUGUCGAGAGUUGAUUGUCUGCCGAUGGCAAACGUCGUAUGCUUGUACGGUCGGGGUGCCCUGGUAUAUGAGUAGUGCCCUUGGUGCCAACUUCUUUACCGCAUUCUUCGUGCAAUGGUUUGACAUAUCUCUUACACCUCUUGUCCUGUUCUCAUUGCCGGAUGAUAGCUUCUAUGCCCAUAGGGUUUGGAUAAUUGGCAAUCGGAAUAAGCUAUUGACGGGUGCAGUGCUUGUCACGUCUCUGGCACAACUAGCUUUUGGGCUUGCAUUGUUGGGAAUGGUGUACCACACUGGUAUCAUCGAUACUCUCUUCAGCAGUCCGUACUCGCCGCUCAAUGCUCUGGGAAGCGCAAUAUGCGAUGCGAUCAUUACAGCAAGUAUAUUCUUUUACCUCCGCCCCCUGAGUGGUCGUUUCCGAAAGGAAAACCAUAUUCGGAAACUCAAUUUGGUCUUCGUUCAAAUGGGUCUGAUCACCUUCCUGGUUUCCCUUGCGAUGGCUAUACUUUACUAUCAAGAUCAUUUGGUUGGGAAAUACCUUACUGUCGCACCGGGUGGAAUUCUAGGCAAAACAUACUCGAAUUCCAUGUUAGCCGUGCUGAAUGCAAGAAAAUCUAUCCGCGACCAACAGCAGGCGCAAGUACAACCGUUGGAAAUCCCUACCUUGCCGAGUAUCCAUUGAUCUCCACUUCUGAUGUAUACGUACUCCCCACAAGUACGCUCCGAACGAAAAUGGUGAGGGACUCGGAGGGUGAGGUUAUCGGGUAGGCGGACCUGGUCACCGCUGGACGACGCACUAGUAGGCAUAUAUGAGGCAUCUAGGUCUGAAAGGAGUACGUAGAUUCACUACGCAGUUUGUAUUCACCAAAGACCAUGCCAACCCCUCAAUCUUAUCCGCUCACAUUGUAC